AUGAGCCCCAGCUCGAGCCAGCCGCCCCCGUUCGCCUUCAACCCGUACUCUUUGCCACACACCAUCGACCGACCGCCGCUGGAUGCCUAUCCAUCGUCCUCGUCUCGUUCGUCCUACGAUCUCUCGGCGACGGUACCCAAAGUGGCCAUCCCGCGGGCAACCAGCAUCAGCACGCACUCCCAGCGCCGCCGCUCCGCGCGAGCGUGCGAACCUUGUCGCCAGCGGAAGAUCAAGUGUGACGGCAACAAGCCGGCGUGUCGGCAGUGUCUGGACCAGAAUGUCCAGUGCCACUACGUGGAUGUGAAACGGGUGCGGGAUCAGAAGCAGCUGAGCGUACUGACGCGCAAAGUCCACCGGUACGAGAAGCUGCUGGGAGAAAUCGAACAUGAGAGUGAAGGCAUGGUGGCGAGGCGGAUUCGGAGGACGCUUAGGACCUCGGAUCAGAUUUCUUCGGCGGAGGAAGACUCGUGUGGUUCCGACGACGAGACCUCGUCGAUGGGCUCCCUGGAGGAGAUCGACCUGAUCGAGGAGGAUCUCAAUCGGGAUGAGCGGUCGGUGGCGACGGGGUUCUUCGGGAAGAACUCCGAAGUAUCAUGGCUGCAGCGUUUAGAGGAUGAAUCCGGACGCGAUAACGUCAUGCGCACCGACGACUCGCCCACGGGGCCUGCCCGGGAGACUCCCAUCGCGGCGGUGAACUACUACCUCGACGACCUCAACAUCCCGCUUCUGGAGACCGUCGACCCCUACGCGCUACCUAAGAGGGAGGUCGCCGACCAGUACUUCGACGCGUACAUGGAUUCGGUGCAUCCGUCAUUCAUGGUGCUACGCCGAGAGACGUUCACGGCGCAGUACCGGCAGGCGUGGACGCGCCGGCCACCGCGCCGCUGGCUGGCCAUCCUCAACAUGGUCUUCGCCAUUGGCUGUCGCUACUGUCUGUUCAACAGCAAGGGCUCCGGCGGCGACGGCGACGCGGACGAUCUGGUUUACCUGAACCGCGCACGCAAGCUCAGCCUCAGUGGGAACGUGCUGUUCGAGCACGCCGACCUGCAACAGGUGCAGGUGGAGUUCCUGGCGGCGCUCUACCUCUUCGUCACGGGCCAGGUGAACCGCGCGUUCAAGUUGUCCAGCUUGGCGUUCCGGUCCGCGCUCGCGCUCGGUAUCAACCUGCGGUUCGUCGACCACCGCGUGCACCACGCGUCCAAGGAAGCGCGCUCCCGGUUGUGGUGGUCGAUCUGCCUCCUCGAGCACCUUCUCACAGCUGUGACGGGUCGGGCGUCCUGCGUGGGCGAGGGACUCAGCUCCACGCCGCUCCCCAUGCCUUUCGACGAGGACCGGCUCGACCACCCCGACGUGAUCAACCUCUUUCAAGACCCGCAGCUGCGGCUGACCCGGCUGAAGAUGACGCUCCUCCAGACCGACGAGGAAGCGCGCGCCACCGCCGACUGGCUCGCGACCUGCGAGCCCAGCUCCUCACUCUUCUUCCACUGCCUCGUUGACCUCGUCACCACCACGCAGACCAUCAUCAGCACUGUGUACAGCAUCCAGGGCCUCCGCGAACAGCCCAGCCGGCUAGAGCAGCGUAUCCGCAAGUACAGCCACACGCUGGACGUCUGGCGCGCCAAGCUCCCGCAAUGCUGCCGCUUCACCGCAGGCCCAGACACCGACCGCCUUCGCCUGCACGGCAACGGUUCCGUGCCGCACCUCCAGCGCGAAAAGGUCCUCAUCGCGCUGAACUACUACAGCUCGCGCAUCAUCCUCUGCCGCCCGUGUCUCUCCACCGGCGCCUGGCGCGGCCGCUCCCACUCCCCGCGCUCGCACUCCCCUGCCGACGGCACCGCCUCCCGCCCACCAAACAACCGCCGCUCCCAGCGUCCCCGGCACCAGCAGCGGCCACCGCUCGCGUAUGCGCGCCCAGAUGUCCGUCAUCUGCCUCCGCGCCGCCUGCACCCUCAUCGACAUCUUCCCCGACACCCCGGACAUACUCUGGCUGACGCGGUACACGCCCUGGUGGAGCGUGCUGCACUUCCUCAUGCAAGCCUGCACCGCCCUCCUCCUCGGCCUCUUCCACUCUGCCACCAACAACCACAGCACCAGCGUCAGUGCCCCUGUCACCCCGACACACGCGUCCGGCCCGGCCCCCGCCAAGCCCGCCGAUCCCCCCCUCAACCUGAGCAUACCCCGCGACAGCGGCAGCCGCGUUGGCAGCGGGGCGAAGACAACGGUCGUCGACGACAGCAUCAGCACGGCGGAGAUGCUGGACCACGUGCGCAAGGCGUUCCACUGGCUCCAUGCGAUGAGUCGUUCCGACCCGGCCAGUAA